AUGCAGCCCGAGUCGGAGAAGAAGUCCAAGAAGACUCCCCGCAAGCAUGUCACCACCGCCUGUGUUCCUUGCCGGGAGAGCAAAAUUAGAUGCGACGGGGCUUCCCCGCAUUGUAAUAAUUGCCAAAGAAAGGGCAAGAAUUGCAAAUACCAACAUGGCGACGACAAGCGCAAAGUGUCUCUCCGGGCUGCGACGGAGCUGUUCUCCGCGCGAAUUGACCAGUUAUCCCAAUUUAUCGAAGACCAUGGGCUAAAACCUCCUCUUAUGAAACCCGAGGAUGAAGCGGGUAUGGAUCGAGUAUUGGAUACCCUUCAGAUUCCUCGGAAGCAAGUACAAAAAAAGAGCCCCAAGUCGAAGAACAAGCCGCCUGUCAAGUCCCAACCAAAUGUCGCCCAAUCACCCGCGCAAAGCUCCCCUGCGAGUAUUCCUGUUGUGACUUCCCCUCUUGGGGGUCAGUUGAAUCAAGUGCCUGAAUCGAGCGUGCCCGUGACCUCGUCGACGUCUCAGAAUAUCUAUUCAAAACCAUCCUUCUUUCCUCCUACAGAAAAGAGUCCAGAUGCCGCGAAUUCAUUCUCGCUGAGCUCGGGAGCUUUGAACAACUACAGCUGGGGUUUUACGCUUCCUACCGCAGAGAGUUUUGAUACGCUUUACGCCAACUUGGAGAGCGGGGGAGUUAAUAUGCCAGCAGAAACAACCAGUUUGAGUCCGGAUAGUCUACAUUUGAGUCAGGACAUUGCUCAGCAGCCAGGUGUCUUGCUCGAACAAGCGCAGAACAACUGGCUUUAUGAUAGCGAUAGCGGCGAUGAUGAAGACGAGGCAGAAAAGGAUGUGAUUGACCAGAUUUCACACCGUAUCGGAACGCUGAAGAUUGCCGGUGAUGGUCAUCUACGGUUCUAUGGUGCGACUUCGAACCUUAACCUGGUAGAUGUGUCUGCGACGCAACAGCGCCAGCGCCCGGAUGCGCGCACAGUCCGCCACGAUGGACAAGAUAUCCUGAAUCACCUGCGCGUUGGGCAACCAGUUGGUCAGGAGUUGGAGGACCAUCUCGUCGAACUCUAUUUCACCUGGCAGAACACUAGUACCUACGUGGUUGACAAGGAGAUGUAUAUGAUAGCCAGGACGAAGUGGAGGGAAGAAUAUGACGAUACGCCGUUUUAUUCGGAAGUGCUUACCAACGCGAUGUGUUCCAUCGGAAGCGCAUUCGAAGCACGCUACCAUCCUACGUUUAUCACAUUCCCCAAGUCUCUGUCCGAGUUCUUUGCGGAUCGGGCAAAGGCGCUUUUGGAGAUUGAGCUGGACUCCCCGUGUGUUGCUACAGUACAAGCUCUUGUAAUUUUGAGCUGUCAUGAGGGUUCUUCGAACCGUGAUGCGCGAGGAUGGCUUUACAGUGGGAUGUCAAUGAGACUUGCUUUCGACCUUGGGCUGCACCUCGAUACGACAUCGUACGUUGAGAAAGGCGACAUAAGUGCCUUCGAGGCUGAUGUGCGUCGAGUGGCUUUCUGGGGAAGUUAUACUGCUGAUCACUUCUGGGGUUUCUACCUAGGACGGCCUUUCCGUAUGAACACCGGGGAUAUCAAUGUUCCAAAGCCUGCCUCAGACAUAGCGGUUGAGAAGGAAGGGACUUGGUAUCCUUAUGGUCUUCAGGCAAAAUCGGAAGUACCUCCUACAGGAUUGAAAAGUCCGAAUGAACUGAUCAGCAGGCAGUUUGCUAUUCUUUGGGAGAUCAUAUCUCCCGUGGGUCAUAUCCUCUACGGGUGCUCCGAUAUCUCUAGGCAUGACCUACAAAGACUCUGCUAUAGGGUAACCGAAGACCUGUUUGCUUGGAAAGCGAAUCUGCCCUCAGCGUUGCAGAUUGAUCUUGCAAAUGAUGUUGUUCCAAUGUUGCCCCAUCUUUUAAUGCUUCACAUGCAAUAUCAUCAAAUAGUCAUUUUCACACACCGACCCUGGGUCUCGAAACACUACAUCCAGCCGCGCAGUCCCCGCCAAGGACCCGGCUACCACCACGCUAGACGAAUGUGCAUAGAAUCUUCCAUGGCCGUUGCCAGGCUACUCCAGAUCUACGAGAAACACUAUACAUUCCGCCGCAUGAACAACCAGGUUGUUGCCAUCAUCUUCAGCGCCGCUCUCAUGCUUCUCUACGUCACUAUCUCCCCUGGAAAGGCCAACAACAAUGAAAAUGGGGCCGCCCGUGUGGAAAUGGUUGCAUAUCUGAACCUUUGCUUCCGCGCUUUGGACGAACUGGGCCAGUCAUUCGAGAACGCGAAGCGCACGCGAGACUUCCUGGUUAGUUUGCAGCGAAGAUGGCAGGCGCACAUGCGCAGGUCUGGUGCAAAGCGUCAAAUGGGAAAUCGCCAGUCAUCUCAGCCACCGGCACAAGGUCGAUCAGAAACUGACCCGUCGAGAAAAAGGUCCCGACUCUCUGUUUCAGGCCAUUCUCUUCCCACAGCUACUGCUGCCAAUAACAGCAACAGCAACAGCAACAAAAACAACAACAAGAACAAAGCCUUCGCCAUCCCCGCAACACCACCCUCUACCCAACCACAAGCAAUACCACCACCGUUAAACCAAGCACAUCUCAGCGGAGACAUAGACUGGAUCCGUAACUCAGAUCUCCAGCUCCUCUCUGAGGGACUGACGAAUGAUCAAUUUCCUCAAAUACCGGGGAAUCCGGCCUCGUAUGCUGAGGCAUCGACGAUACCGAGCCUUGCUGAUAUAGAGCCAUGGUGGGAGUCGCCGAAUGGGACUACGACUUUUGGGGGAUCUUCGUUAUAG